AGGGACCCUCCCAAAAGCCACGGAAUCAUCACUCACACUGUAACACAAUGUAAAAUAUCAAUCUCCGUCCACAAAUAUAAGAAAACCCUGACAGUUUAGCAGAGUUCUAGAUUGAGCUAAAACUAUCUGAUUAAGAAAUAUUACGUCUAGCGGUGCAACUACAGCAAUAAAUAAAAUGAACUGGAAAAUUGGUACUUCUUCGAUAACCAUCGUACCGAUAAUCAGAUAUUCUAAACUCUGUGUAUAAAUCCCUUAUAUUUGUGAACGGAGUAGACGAAGCUGGGGGAACCAAAAGCAGGCUAGGCUGGAAGGGGACCGACACAAAGGCAACAACAAACAACAACAAUCUCAAGCACAGUACUGUAGCAUACUCGAUUACCAGUAAUCUUGGCAUUUGGCGACGCCAUCAAUCGUCCGUAGGUUUUCUGUACCUGCAUGACUCCAUCAACAAGGCAAGUAGCAGCAGCAGCAGCAGCAGCAAGAAGAAGCCAAUCCUGCAGCUGCAGGCUGCAGGCAACCAUACUGCCAAACAGUAUUUCAUCCUUCCAUCCACUCGUCAGUCUGUCUGUCUGUCAGUCAGUCGGUUGGUCAGUCACUGGCUGCUGCAAUCCAAUCCCCCAUUGGAGGUGACGAGUGUGCUCUUGCGCCGGCGCCGACGAGGAUGGGCUGCCUGAGCCGGCAUCAGCUCUGCCUCGGCGGCAACCGUGGGUUGCCAUUCCUAAGGAAAUUCAAGCACAAGGAGAUCGAGGCGGCGACGAACGGGUUCAGCGCGAUCCUGGAGGCCGGCCCCGGCGGCCGCGCGGCGUACAGGGCCCGGUUCGCCGACGGCCUCGUCGCGACGGUGCGGCGAGCCGGCGGCGACGGCGACCAGGACAGAGAGGCCUUCUACCGCGAGCUGCAGCUGCUCGCCCGCCUCAACCACCGCCACAUCGUCAGGCUCCAUGGCUACUCUGACGGCCACUCCAGGUUUCUGGUGUUCGACCAGAUGGAGAACAGGAGCCUGAAAGAAUGUCUCCAUGAUCCUCUCAGGACGCCUCUGAACUGGAGGACCAGGUUGCAGGUCGCCAUAGAUGUUGCAGCAGCAUUGGAAUACCUGUACUACUUCUGUGAUCCUCCGGUGUUCCAUGUGUCGGUCAACUCAAGCAAUGUGAUGAUGGAUGCCAAUUUUGUCGCAAAGUUAUCAGAUAUCAGUGUCAUCGGUUACGACCCGAAACGAACGGUGGAAUCCAAUGCUGCAUCUUUUGAAGAUGAAAUUCAGCAGAGGAGAAGGGACCUGGUGUUCCAGUAUGGUGUGCUGAUCCUUGAGCUAGUGACCGGGCAAUCGCCGGGCGGCGAAGGCGAGCUCGUGCAGUGGGUGCAGGAGCCUGGAUUUGCCUGCACAAUGUACAAAAUGGUAGAUGCAGAUCUUGGCAAUAUCUAUGACUCCAAGGAGCUUCGGAACCUUGUGAUCAUUGCUAGGUUGUGCACAAGGCCUGGAAAUGAUGCAAUGGUUUCGAUUCCGCUCAUUCUUCGGUAUUUGCAAGGGAAGGUGGCAAAUCUUGGGUGUGAAAGUGAAAACAUUUGUGAAUUAUCUGUGUAGGGAGCAGUUAAAAUUGCUCCAUCUUGAUCUCUGAAAUAAUCUUACUUUCUCUGUCUCCUUUACUUGUAGAGAGAAUUUUCUUCUUGUGUAUCAUUAGCAUUAUUUUUCAUGUCCAUAGAGGAAUUACAGCAAAUGAAAUUUGUGUAUGUUGAAUAUGAACAUGGCAUGGAAAUUUCUGAUGUGAACUCAAUAGACAAUACAUUCAAAAA